UCUCUUGCUUAGUUAACUGCCGAUUUGGUUGGAAGUAAAAUCAUCUGGUGUUUGUAGGUUGUUCCAGCAUGGUUAAACUGCUUGCCAAUUAAAGGUGAUUUAAUUGAAGCCAAAGUGGUUCAUGACCAGCUUUGUUCCAUGGUUGAAAGACAAGACACGGAGCUUUUGGGCCCUAACAAUCAAUAUCUUCCUAAAAUCGUUGCCGUAUUUGCUGAGGUUCUGUGUGGUAAAGAUCUUGCAACUGAACAAACUGCAAGUCGAAUGGUCAACCUACUGAGGCAGCUUCAACAAACAUUACCACCUGCUAUUUUGGCCUCAACUUGGUCAUCCUUGCAGCCUCAGCAACAGCUUGCACUACAGUCCAUCCUCUCGUAGUAGUAUAUUGGCUGACAAGAAGGGUUUUUGCGUGCUUUGUUGAGUCUCAAUAUCCAGUUCGUGUUUGUUGAGGCAUGUUUGUUGCACAUUCUUUGCCCUAGAUAUGGUCCGAAGCUUCAUGGUUUUUUUAGCAACAAGCGAUCGGUUUGAUUGAGCAGGGGAAUUAUCAUUGCUAUGGAAAGCUAAAUGAAUCCCUUCUGUAGAAUGUGUAUAUUAUUGAUUGCUAUUUAUUGUUGGGUAUC